UUCCCCUCGCCGUCUCUCGCUCAUCCCUCGAUUCAUCUGCCGUCACCCGCAUGAGCCGCUAAAUCGUGUCGCACCCGAAUUCUCACUUUCUGCCGAAUCACUCGCCGAGAUCCAGCGUUCCACUCGAAUCCUAGCAUCCGCGCGUUCGGAGCUCGUCAGAUCUGCACUCAGAAUUCGUCGUCCCGGUGCCAUCAACUGAGUAACCGUUGGGCAGCAUGGUGAAAUCGACGGGGAUCGAGAAGGUGGUGGUGCACCCGCUGGUGCUGCUGAGCAUCGUCGACCACUACAACCGCGUCGCCAAGGACACGCACAAACGCGUGCUCGGCGUGCUGCUCGGCGAGACGGCGCGCGGCCGCAUCGACGUCACCAACAGCUACGCAGUGCCGUUCGAGGAGGACGACAAGGAUGCGAGCAUCUGGUUCCUGGACCACAACUACCACGAGGCCAUGUUCGCCAUGUUCAAAAAGAUCAACGCCAAGGAGCGCGUGGUGGGGUGGUACUCCACGGGCCCCAAGAUCCGCGAGAGCGACCUGGACAUCCAGGAGCUCUUCUACAACUACUGCAGCAACCCGGUGCUGGUGAUCAUCGACGUGCAGCCGCGCGAACUCGCCAUCCCCUCACAGGCCUACUGCACCGUCGAGGACGUCAAGGAGGACAGCACGCAGAAGAGUCAGAAGGCGUUUGUGCACAUCUCCUCGGAGAUUGGGGCGUAUGAGGCAGAGGAGAUCGGCGUGGAGCAUUUGCUUCGCGAUGUGAAGGAUUCGACCAUCAGCACGCUGGCGUCGGAGGUGAGCGCGAAGAUGGUGGCGCUGCGGGGGCUGGAGUCGCGGCUGCGGCAGCUGCGGUCGUACCUGGAGCUGGUGGUGGCGGGCAAGCUGCCGCUGCGCGCGGACAUUCUGUACGGCGUGCAGGACGUCUUCAACCUGCUGCCCAACCUCAAUGUGGACGAGCUUGUCAAGGCCUUCGCUGUGCGCACCAACGACAUGAUGCUGGCGGUGUACGUGGCGUCUCUGGUGCGCUCCAUCAUCGCGCUGCACAACCUCAUCAACAACAAGGUCGUGAACAAGGAGGCGGAGAAGGCAGUCGACUCACCACCCCCACCUGCGCCACCCGUGCCCUCCGCAGCUUCCUAGGAUGCAUGCCCUUAGUACGUCAGAAGAAGAAUAUUCGCAAUCAGCACUGCACCCAGAGAUGCAGCUGGGCUGGACAACUGUUCUCCCUUCUGUGUUUUCCAAAUUCACUCUUCCUACCU